AAUAAAUAAAGGGGCAAGGGUAUUUUGGUAAAAUCAACAAUAACUACUAAAAAAAUCCUGAUUUCACCAUCCCCCACCACAAGUCUCCAUGUUACAAAGCAACAACACGAAGCUGCAUCAUCAUCAGAGAAAUACAGCCAUUUAUCCAGCCUUGCCUUUUCAGCACCUCUCUCUCUCAUCAAACCCCAACAAUCCAAAGGCCCCAAAUCCAAGCUAUCCAAGAGAAAAGAAAGGAAGGAAAGAAAGAGAAGCAACCAAGAAACAAGAAACAACAACAACAACCCAGAUACCCCUUCAAAGACUCCCAAUCUCAACCAUUCUCUCUCCUCUCUCUCUCUUUCCUAAUGGCCCAGCUGGACCUAAAUUUAUGUAGAGAAAGGAAAAACCAAAAAAGAAAGAAAGAGAGAGAGAAGGAAAGACAGAAAGAGAGAAGGAAAGAGAGAGGAUGUGUUCAAAUGUCUUCCAACCAAACCCCAACAAAAACAAACUUGCCAGAAAUGCCCCUCUGCAACCCAAAAAACCUCAUCUCCAUCAAACAAAAGCCCAGCUACUAUUCCCGAUUUAUAUGGGCUUUUUUUUUUCUUCUUUGGUUGUCUCGGUCAGAGUUUCAACAAGAGAGAAGGAAACCCUUCUUUCUUACUUCCUUCCCUCUCCACCUUUUAUUUCUCCUCUGUAUUCCUCUCUCCUUUUAUUUCUUUCUCUCUCUCUCUUUCCUUCUCUUCAAUAGAGAUUUUCCAUCUGGGUUUUCUCUCUAGAUGAUGAAGAAGUCCAAAGGAGUUGUGGAUUCUUCUCCUUCUUAUGCCGUUGAUGAAGAGGCAAAAGCUAGGCGUAAGCAUCAGAUCCUGAUGCAAGAUUUCGACGAGUUAGAGAAGGAAACUGAAUCUACGAAGAAAAGAUUGCUAGUGGCAAAACAGAAGAAACUGAUCCUCUCAGCUGAAGUCAGAUUCUUACGACGGAGAUAUAAAUACUUAAUGAAAAACCCACUACAAAAAACCCCAUCAGAGCAAAUCGUUCAACCUCAAAAUCCGAAACUCCAAAUAGAAAGCACAGCAAGGGAAAGAAAUUUCAAGGCAAAAGAAGCUGCUGCUCGUAGCCAAUCUCCAGUUCUGGACUUGAACCAGAUAUCCGUUCCGGAAGCAGAAGAAACUGGAGAAUUUCAGGUUGUUUGGGAACCUUUGAGAGUGGAGAAAAAGCUGAAAAGGCCUUCCAUUGAAAGGGAUGCAAUGGGAAGCGAUAUGAAAAAAUUGAUAUGUAGGGACAUUGGAAACGGAUCAAAUCGAACAGGAAAGAGGAAGAUUUCAUGGCAAGAUCAGGUAGCUCUGAGGGUUUAAACUUAAAGCUCUCUCUCCAUUUCAUUAGAUAGAGAAAAAAAUUGCUUUAAUGUCAUGGACUUCUAGCUUGCAUACAACCAAGUGAUUAAUUUUCCUUUUUAUCUAAUCUUCUUAUAUGCAUAGAUUUUUUCUUUUUCUUUUUUUAUUUUCUUCUCUUUAUGUAAAGGAAAGCAGAUGUUUAUAUUCUGUUAUCAUAUGGAAAAACAAUACCCUUUAACCAUAUAGAUGAUCUCAGAUUUUUCA